GAGACCAAAGAAAAAGUAAGUACAGGAGAGGAAGAUGGGCUAUCACCGAUGACAGGAUUUUGCCAGUUGAGAGAACGUGGGCUGUAAAGAACAGAUUCUGUGUGCAAACAGGGAGAGGUUUCCCUUCUGUUUGCUGAAAACACAGCUUACAGCCUUUGUCAAGCCAUCCCUCAGACCGUGCGCUCCGGCUGCAGAUAAGACUUUCAUGGAUGGGUUAUUAUUUGUAAACAAUGUUAUUGCUCUAUGAUUAAAACAACAGUCAUAUAAUUCCUGAGGGAAGAAGAUAUAAGAGCUGCAGAAACUGCCCGGGGUCUCUCAGAAAGCUGAAGAAGGCGGUCCUCAGAGCCUUGCAUGCCAACCAGAUCUAGGUGAACCCAGGAGCUUCCAGGGAACACUGGCCAGGGCUCUGAGAUCCUUUCGGUAAACGGUUCCGAAGCUUGUCUGCCCCCAGGGAAGAGGAGGAUGGCCUCCAAGAGCGUGUGGCUGCUCCUGCUGGUGGCUGGCACCGGCGCCCUGGGCGACAUCCUCAUGAGGCCCAGCUGUGCUACCGGGUGGUUUUACCACAAGUCCUAUUGCUACGGAUACUUCCGGAAGCUGAGGAAUUGGUCCGACGCUGAGCUCGAGUGUCAGUCCUUUGGGAACGGAGCCCACCUGGCGUCUAUACAGAACCUCCAGGAAGCCAAAGCCAUCUCUGGGUACAUAGGUGGCUACCAAAGGAACCUGCCCGUGUGGAUUGGCCUGCACGACCCGCAGAAGAGGCAGCAGUGGCGGUGGAUCGACGGGACCUCGUAUUUAUUCAAAACCUGGUCCGGCAGGUCCAUGGCUGGAAACAAGCACUGUGCUGAGAUGAACGCCCACAACUUUCUAACUUGGAACAACAAGGAAUGCGACAAGCGCCAGCACUUCCUCUGCAAGUACCGGCCGUAGAGCAGGAAUCGGGGUCCCUCACCCCGGCCCAAACCCCUCCCCCCUUCUUGCCCUGCCACGGUGUCUAUGUCCAAUCAUUGCCUCAGGAAGUAAACGUGGUAACCAAG